AUUAUAUGAGAUGAGGAGGGAUUGGAGGUUCUAAAGAGUAGUUACUUUAAUCUCCUGUUGGUGGUGCGUCCAGGAUGCCUCAGUGUCAGACCAGCGGGGAGCAAGACCCUCUAGCUGACGGUGAACCCCGAGCUGAACUCAUUAAAUACGGAGAACUAGUUAUACUAGGAUACAAUGGGGGCCUACCCCAAGGGGACAAGGGACGGAGAAGGUCCAAGUUUGUACUCUACCGCCGGUCUAAGGCCAACGGAGUAGCCAAGUCCAAGCACUACGUUGUUAAAACCCCCCAGACAAGUCAGGCAGUGCUUGAUGCUAAACAACAUUCAAUAUCUUACACAUUAAAUAGAAAUCAAGCAGUUAUAGUAGAGUAUCAGGAGGAUCCUACCAGUGAUUUGUUUCAGAUUGGUCGAAGUUCCGAGUCCCCUAUUGAUUUUGUUGUUAUGGACACAGUUCCUGGAAACCGGAUCCAGGAUCCAGGGAAGGCGGCUGCUCAGUCCACUAUCUCCAGGUUCUCCUGUAGGAUACUCUGCUCCAGGGAGGAGCCGGAGCACACCGCUCGAGUCUUUGCUGCAGGGUUCGAUACAAGUAGAAAUAUAUUCCUAGGGGAGAAAGCAACAAAAUGGGAGACAGAACAUCAGGCUGUUGAUGGCUUAACAACAAAUGGAGUUUUGAUUAUGCAUCCUCAAAUCUCAUUCUCAGGAGCUGACGAUCCCAACUCAGUUACUCAGGAACCAGGUGUAUGGAGAGAAGUAUCUGUUGGAGGAGGAAUCUAUGGUUUACGAGAGAGCAGAUCUGCUCCAACCAAGGGUAGACCGAUCCCUAGUGAGACAAGUGAGCUUAUUGAUGGAACCUUGAUCGAUAUAUGCGGAGCUACUUUACUCUGGAGAUCUAGUGCGGGAUUAGCAAGAAGUCCAACAAACAGAGAGCUAGAGAUACUAGUGGAUAAUCUGAAUGCUGGUAGACCCCAAUGUCCUGUCGGAUUAAACACUCUGGUGGUUCCCAGAAAGAAUAGUCAAAACGUUGCAACCUCAGAGAACCAACCUUAUGUUUAUCUGAACUGUGGCCAUGUUCAGGGUCGUCAUGAGUGGGGUAAGGUCGGAGACCGAUCCAAUAGUAAAACCUGCCCAAUCUGUAUGUGUAACAGCUCAGCUGCUAAGCUCAUCAUGGGUAUAGAACCCGCCUUCUACGUGGAUAGCAGUGAACCGGACUACUGCUUUGUUCCCUGUGGGCACAUGGCUAAUGCUAAAACAGUAAAGUACUGGAGUAGUAUACCUAUACCCUGUGGUACUAGUGGAUUCCAGUCAGCCUGUCCAUUUUGUGCUACUCCACUCCUAGGAACGCCGGGAUACACCAAGCUGAUAUUUCAAGACAAAUGCGAUUAAAGUUUAACUCGGGUUGAAGUUGCAGCAUGCAUGCAGAUAGAUAUUUAACAAACAUAUAGUUUAUUGGUCCAACGAGUUGUAAAACAUGAAAAUGUUCUUUCACAUUUCACAAGAAACUUCUUUAAGAAAUAGUCUUUCUAAAAUUGGAUUAACUACAGUCAAUUAUGUUCGUUCAAAGGUUCUAGAUUAAGUUCAGCUUUUAGUACUUGAGCAGAGUUCUGACUGAAAUAUAGAGAACUGAACUUAAGUUUAGUUUAUCUAAUUAAUACUCCGGCUGAUGUUUUUCAACCGUUCCAUUUUCAUCUCAAAUUAAAGAUGUGAGAAAAUUUACAAUUCUUCACGGAUAACCAGUCACUUUCUAUUCAGAAUUGUAAAUACUUAAAAUUUCACAAAAUUCGUAAAAAGUUUAAUCAACAAUUGAAUCCAGUCAUAGACCAAAGAAUCCAAUUGUCUAUUUCAAAAGUAUUUUUUUCAAAAGAUGUUAUUGUCUAAAAAACGUAUCUAAUUGAGACGAACGUACUCUUGCAAUUGCGCGAGUUUUAGUUAACAUAGUUUAACUUACUGUACAAGUGUUCUGUACACUUAAAAUGCAACUACAGAACCGGUUUGCUCUUUUCCGUGCUAAUACCGACAUAUUUUUUUUUAAUUUAUGGAAGCAAUGGGAGCGCACAGACUGUUUAAAAGAACAAAAUGUCUAGUUGACAAAAUGUUAUUUCUAAUUUUUAGUUCAAAGUUAGAUAAUGUGCAUUGUGAAUUUUGUGGGUUCAGUCUUAUUUUAAAUAAUCUGAAUUUUUGACAGGAAGGAACUAAUUUAAAUUGUUUCUCACCGCACUGCGCGGCGGUGAGUUUAACCGAGAUUUGUUCACCGAGUUCACCCUUUUUGGUCAUAAGUUAGAAGGCUUUGCCAUUGCCGCUUGUUUAUAUUUCUAAUGAUUAAACUCCUAGUUUCUAUAUUUUUUUUUUCAAUUUCUCCACCUCCGAGCUAAUCUGUUUUUUAUCCAUUAUUAAUUUAUCGCCGUGUCUCAUUAUCUCGUAUAUCCUUAUUGGUUAAGAUUAUAAGCGCUGCUUAUAUUUAAUGCAUUAUGUUGUUUUCUUAUACCUACUCGGUGCAUUUUCUUGCAACUUUUCAGAUUUAAAAAAAUACUAGAUGCAGUUUUUAUAAUAGUUUUUCAAAGCUUGCGAGCAGUAAACGGGUUUCGAAAUUUUCCCAGGCUUUUACAUACUAGGCUACAUCGGCAGUAGAAAUUUCAGUUACAAAUUCAUUAAGACUCUGUGAUAUAUAUUCCAUUGUAAUCCUAAACUUGUAAUAGUGGAUACGUUACUUAAUACAUUAUAUCGUAUACAUAUA